AUGCUGGGGGCAAAGCAAGGCUUCCUGGCCGGUUCCCCACCCAGCCCAGGGCCACACUUGGCCUUGAUACUUCUGGCCCUGGGGGCUGGGUGGGCCCAAGAGGGAACAGAGCCUGUGCUACUGGAAGGGGAAUGUCUGGUGGUCUGUGAGCCUGGCCGAGCUGCUGCAGGAGGUCCUGGAGGAGCAGCCCUUGGAGAGGCGCCCCCAGGACGAGUGGCAUUUGCUGCAGUCCGGAGCCACCACCAUGAACCAGCGGGAGAGACAGGCAAUGGCACCAGUGGAGCUAUCUACUUUGAUCAGGUCCUGGUGAACGAAGGUGGUGGCUUUGAUCGGGCCUCUGGCUCCUUCGUGGCCCCUGUCCGAGGCGUCUACAGCUUCCGCUUCCAUGUGGUGAAGGUGUACAACCGCCAAACUGUCCAGGUAAGCUUGAUGCUGAACACGUGGCCUGUCAUCUCAGCCUUCGCCAAUGACCCAGACGUGACCCGGGAGGCAGCCACCAGUUCUGUGCUGCUGCCCCUGGACCCAGGAGACCGAGUGUCCCUGCGCCUACGUCGGGGGAACCUGCUGGGGGGCUGGAAGUACUCAAGUUUCUCUGGCUUCCUUAUCUUCCCACUCUGA